ACGGCCGUGCCUUGAGACGACGAAGACGACAAGGUCGCAAGCAACAGCAUGAUUUUGCACUGGCCGCCGGACCUGAGUUGGUUGAGAGGACACCUAACCACGCCAGAGAAACUGGGAGCAGCAAGGCCAAGCCGACAGUCUUGACGCCACCAUGUCGGUAGUCAUCACUGAACAACCUCUAACUCCCUCGGCUCCUUCAAUAUGUCCACCUGGUCUUGAAUACUUAACAACCGUCGACCAGCUAGUAAUUCAACAACAAAGCGACGUCUUCCAAAAUUUCACCGGCUACGAGAAAUGCAACAAGUACGUUGCUAAGAACGUGCUGGGACAAUUCGUGUACCUGUUUACCGAAGACAGUGGUUGCUGCAAGCGAUGGUUGUGUUGCACGCGGCGCUGCUUUGAGAUGAGAGUGAUGGACUACCGAAACGUCGAGGUCAUGCGUUUCGUUCGACCGCUGAGGAGCGACUUCUGCUGCUGCUUCUGCUGCCUACAGUACAUCGAGGUGCAGGCACCGCCCACGGUCACCAUAGCGUACCUCUACCAGGACUGGUCGCCCUUUUUCCCCUCGUACACGGUCUACGAUCGCCAGUGCAAUCCCAUGAUCUCCGUCUCAGGCCCGUUCUGCACGCAGACUUUCUUCUACUGCUUGGAGGCCAAGUUCGAGGUGCGGACGCUAGGUGGAAUCCUGAUCGGCAUGAUCACGAGAGAGACGGGAUUAUCGAGAAAUUUCUACUUAGAUGCGGACCGCUUCAACCUCACCUUUCCUCUCGACUUGGACGUGCACGUGAAGGCAGCGCUACUGGCAUGCACCAUGCUCAUAGACUUCAUGUUCUUCGAGACGACAUGUUAGCGGGAAAGGGAAGGUUCUCGAGUUGGAGCAUUCGCCCUUCGUGUCGGACGCCGAAUUCACGACGCAGCACGUUAUUUUAUUGAUUUCCGACUUAGGCCGAGAGAAAUGAAUAGGCUUUUCGA